AUUCGCGAAGCCUAGGGGCGGGGUGGUCGGAGCUGCUGUGCUGGCAGCUGCAGUGUGCGAGGGCGCAGCUGCCUGGUUCCUGGCGCUGAGGCGGGACGCCAUUGGAGGCCCCAGAGAAGGAGAGAUCCCGCCUGCCACUGCAUCCACCCCUCCCCCCUGCAGCUGCCUCACCUUCCUUCACAGGCUGAGCUGACUCCUCCUUGGGACCCACAGCAUGGCUGAGGGAAGCUACAGAGUGCAGCCAGGAAACUCCAGUGUGGAAGACAUGGAUGAGGGUGGCAGCCAAGUCAGGGAGGAAGAGAUGGUUGGGGGAAAUGAGUAUGAAGAAUUUGGUGCUUUUGGUGGCUAUGGCACCCUCACCAGUUUUGACAUCCACCUCCUCAGAGCCUUUGAUACCUUGGGUUCAGGUCUUCACAUCUUAUCGAAUGAACCUUGGGAACUGGAGAACCCUGUACUGGCUCAGACCCUGGUGGAGGCAUUGCAGCUGGAUCCAGACACCCUCGCCAAUGAGACAGAGGCCAGAGCGGCCAACAUAGCCCGCUCUGCUGCCUCCAACCGAGCCUCUCGGGCUGCUGCAGCUGCCGCCCGCAGGGCAUUCACUCAGGUGGUCGCUAAUCACUUGGUGACCCCGCCUCAGACCCCAGGGGUGGAUGCUCAGCCCAGGACACAUGCUGAGGCUCAGCAGGCCACCCCUGAGACAACCCUUGCUUCUCCACAGACCCCCCUGGUGUUAGUUAACAGUGAGGUGGCUCGGGCAACCUCCACACAGUCCCCUGCAGCCUCCCUGGCCCAGGAGGUUGCUGUCGAGGGCCCUAGUACUGCUUGUGCUUUCUCUCAGGCUCCAAGUGCCAGGGAGAUGGAUGUUACCCCGCCCCAGACAGCCUUCUUGGACAAGAAGGAUGUCUUUGAUUUCACUCAGCCAGCAGGUGUCAGUGGCAUGGCCUUCCCAUACCCCAAGAGACCAGCCUCAGUCCCAGAGGCCACCACAGGGGACUCCAGUACUGCUUCCAGUGUGCCUCUGGCCACACCUGCCAGGGAGGAGGCAGCCUUGCAGCCCAAGACUACCAGGUCUGGGAAGGCUCUGGCCAAGACUCGUUGGGUAGAGCCUCCGAAUGUCACAUCAGCAGCUGCUGCCAAGGCCAAGAUGGCUACAAGCAUCCCUGAGCCUGAGGGGGCAGCUGCCACUGCUCAGCAGGGUACUGAGCCCUGGGCCAGGAUGGGAGGCAAGAGGACAAAGAAGUCUAAGCACCUGGAUGAUGAAUACGAGAGCAGUGAGGAAGAGGAGAGAGAGCCGCCUGUGGCCCCACCAACCUGGAGAGUGUUGCAGCCCCCACUGACGGUGCAGGCUCAGUUGGCUCCUGAGCCCCCCAUGGGCUCUCGGUCCCAGAUCCCCUCAAGGCAUGUGCUGUCCUUGCCCCCUCGCAACGUGACUCUUCUGCAAGAGAGGGCAAAUAAGUUGGUAAAAUACCUGAUGAUUAAGGACUACAAGAAGAUCCCCAUUAAGCGCUCAGACAUGCUAAAGGACGUCAUCCGUGAAUAUGAUGAGCAUUUUCCUGAGAUCAUUGAACGAGCCACCUACACGCUAGAAAAGAAGUUUGGGAUCCACCUGAAGGAAAUAGACAAGGAGGAACACCUGUACAUUCUUGUGUGCACACGGGAUUCUUCUGCUCGACUCCUGGGAAAGACCAAGGACACUCCGCGGCUGAGUCUCCUCCUGGUGAUUCUGGGCAUCAUCUUCAUGAAUGGCAACCGUGCCAGCGAGGCUGUCCUCUGGGAGGCACUCCGCAAGAUGGGACUUCGUCCUGGGGUGAGGCACCCAUUCCUUGGGGAUCUGAGGAAGCUCAUCACAGAUGACUUUGUGAAGCAGAAGUACCUGGAGUACAAGAAGAUUCCUAACAGCAGCCCACCUGAGUAUGAAUUUACCUGGGGCUUGCGAGCCUGCCAUGAGACCAGCAAGAUGAGAGUCCUGAGAUUCAUUGCCCAGAACCAGAACCGAGACCCCCGGGAAUGGAAGGCUCAUUUCUUGGAGGCUGUGGAUGAUGCUUUCAAGACGAUGGACCUGGAUAUGGCUGAGGAACAUGCCAGGGCCCAGAUGAGGGCUCAGAUGAACAUCGGGAACGAAGCUCUGAUUGGGCGGUGGAGCUGGGAUGACAUCCAGGCUGAGCUGCUGACCUGGGAUGAGGAUGGGGAUUUUGGUGAUGCCUGGGCCCGCAUCCCCUUUGCUUUCUGGGCCAGGUACCAUCAGUACAUUCUGAAUACCAGCCGUGCUAACAGGAGAGCCACGUGGAGAGCUGGUGUCAGCAGCGGCACCAAUGUUGGGGCCAGUACUAGCCUCCUGGAUGGCCCUAGCACCAGCUCCACCAUCCGGACCAGAAAUGCUGCCAGAGCUGGUGCCAGCUUCUUCUCCUGGGUCCAACAGCGUUGAGAAACUGCAGCCAUUAUCCUCACCCAGCCAAACUGCCUCCUCAGACUCCCUGCCACCCGACACUCCAGGCCCUUCACCCCAUGGCUUGGAGAGACCAUAGGAGAUGAAGCUUCCCUCACUUUUCCUGCUUUCCUCGUGUGCUGUUUCUUGUGUGUUUGAGUCUUUGGUAUCAGUGUUACAUUAAAAUUGCAAAGUUAA